AUGUCUGCAAAUUUGACGAUCAAUCUCAAACGGGCGAGUAAAGUCUACUAUGAAGGAGAAACAGUGGCUGGCGUGGUGGUUGUAGAUACCAAUGCGGACCUGCGUCACGAAGGACUCUCCUUAACAAUGGAGGGCUGUGUGAAUCUUCAAUUAAACACCAAAAGUGCUGGCAUUUUUGAUGCAUUUUCAAACACUAUAAAGCCAAUCACAUUAAUAAACACAACCAUCGAGUUAGCCGCAGCGGGUAAGAUUCCUGUCGGAGUGACAGAGAUACCAUUUGAGAUGCCUCUGGUCUCCAGACAGAACUCAAUAGCCCCCGCACUAUUGGAGACCUACCACGGAGUGUUUGUGAAUGUUAUAUACACCCUCAAGUGUGGCAUGAGGAGAUCCUUCCUUAACAAACAGCUCAACACUAGUUGUCAGUUUUUUGUACAACACAGACAUCAAGAGCGACCGGUAUCGAAGCCUGUGAGAUGUGAGAUCACGCCAGCAACGGUGAGGGGCGGAGCGCCCGCCGGGGGCUCCCGACACAUGCCGCACUUCCAACUAUAUGCUGAGAUUGAUUCUACUGUCUGCGCACUCGACCGACCUAUCACUGGCAAGGUCCGUGUGGACGAAUGUUCGGUGGCCAUCAAGUCUGUGGAGCUCCAACUAGUGAGGGUGGAGACUUGCGGACACGCUGAGGGGUUCUCAAGAGACGCGACAGAGGUCCAGAACAUUCAGGUAGUAUGCGGGGACCCGCGGCGCGCGUGUGACGUGCCGCUGUACGCUGUACUGCCGAGACUCUUCUCCUGCCCCACCACAGCUACACACGCCUUUAAAAUAGAGUUCGAGCUAAACAUAGCCGUCAUCUUCGAAGAUGAUUUCUUGGUCACUGAGAACUUCCCCAUACUGUUAGUGAGGAGCAAAUGA